GAUAUGGGUCACCAUUAACAGCAAAUUUCUUAUUUUUCUAUCAAUCUUUUGAUGGAAGGAUACAAUUAAGCCCUUGGUUGUCAACCAUUCUUCCAUAGGGUAUUAUUCUCCUGGUUUACUCCUGUACUCAUUGACUUAGGGUAUUAUUGACAGAAUUUUAAUUGCACUUUUUUUGGAAAUUUGGGAAUUCUUGAGGAAUUCAUCAAGAAUUUGUGGCUUUGGCUAUAAUUUGGAUUGGACUUUUGUGAUUUUUCCGUUUGGUUCUUCAGGGGAUUGGAUGUGAGAGUAGUAAACGGAUGAGAACAUCACAAUGAUAGGGAAAGGGGCACCAAGUCAAUGGAUGCCUCAGAUGGGACAUUUUCUGAUAUAGUGGGUUUACUGAAAUCGUGGAUCCCUGGACGGUCCAAGCCAGUUAACGUGUCCAGGGAUUUUUGGAUGCCCGAUCAGAGUUGUAGAGUAUGCUAUGAAUGUGAUUCACAGUUCACCUUGUUUAACCGUAGGCACCACUGUCGACUUUGCGGCCGAGUUUUCUGCGCCAGGUGCACUUCAAACUGGAUCCCCACAUCACCUAGUGACUCAAAGACACCACGAGAAGACUGUGAUAAGAUUAGGGUCUGCAAUUUCUGUUUUAAGCAAUGGGAACAUGGAUUGACGGAGACAGUUGAUAAUGGGAUACAUGUUGCCACCAUGGACCUUAGUAUUACUUCUCCUUCAGCUACUAGUUUUAUCAGCACCGGGUCUAGUGGAACCUUUGAUAGUAGUAACGUUACAUUUGCAUCAUUGCCACAAUCUACUGGACUGAGCCCACGUCAAUCAGCAGCGGUAAUGGAAAAGACUACAGAAAAUCAAAGUGUUGCAGCAGCAAGUAGCAACGAGAAUCCUGUAGACACAAUAGAUAGGGAUCAGUCUCCUGAACAAUUUGAAUUUUGCACAAACAGCUUUGAACAUUAUUCAAUCAGAAGUGAUGGUUAUGAAGAAGAGUUUGGAGUUUAUCAGUUAGAUUCCGAAAGAAGGCAUUUUUCCCAAGUUAAUGACUACUAUGGUCCGGUUGAGUUUGAUGAUAUUGAAAAUGACUACGAAUCGCGCAAAGUGGAUCCUGCUGGCGUCGUUGAUUCAGAAAGUAUGAGCAUCACUUUGUUACAAAAUAGUUCUGAAUCUCAGGCUUCCAAAGAAGUCCAGCAGAUUGCGGAAAAAGAAGUCGAACAUGAUAUUGAUGAUGAAUUUGAAGGAGCUUCUUUAUGCACGACUAAAGAUGAUGCUGAACACAUGGAUUUUGAGAACAGUGGAGAUUUCUGGCUCCCUCCUGAACCAGAAGAUGAGGAAGAUGAAAGGGAACAACUUCUGUGCGAUGAUGAAGAUGAUGAGGACCCCACUGGGGAAUGGGGAUAUUUUCGUAAUUCAAGCAGCUUCGGGAGUGGGGAAUAUAGGAGCAGGGAUAAAUCGAACGAGGAACACAAGAAGGCUAUGAAAAAUGUGGUUGAUGGCCAUUUCAGGGCUUUAGUAUCUCAGCUUUUGCAGGUGGAGAACCUUCUUUCAGGAGGGGAUAAUGACAAAGAGUCUUGGUUAGAUAUAAUAACAUCAUUGUCAUGGGAGGCUGCUACAUUAUUAAAACCUGAUACAAGCAAGGGUGGGCAAAUGGACCCCGGAGGGUAUGUAAAGGUAAAACGUUUAGCUUCUGGGCGUCGCAGUGACAGUAUGGUGGUCAAAGGAGUUGUUUGCAAGAAGAAUGUGGCGCAUCGGCGGAUGACAUCAAAAAUAGAGAAACCUCGUUUACUGAUCCUUGGAGGGGCUCUUGAGUACCAGCGGGUUUCUAAUGCCCUUUCGAGUUUUGAUACACUGUUGCAGCAGGAAAUGGAUCAUCUUAAGAUGGCUGUUGCUAAGAUAGAUGUUCACAAUCCUGAUAUUCUUUUGGUAGAGAAAUCUGUUUCACGAUAUGCUCAAGAGUACCUUCUUGCAAAAGACAUAUCACUUGUUCUAAAUAUCAAAAGGCCACUUUUGGAGCGUAUAGCGCGCUGCACAGGUGGUCAAAUAGUUCCGUCUAUAGACAGUCUAUCCUCACUGAAAUUGGGAUAUUGUGACAUGUUCCAUGUUGAGAGGUUUUCAGAAGAGCAUGGCACAGCUGGGCAAGGUGGAAAGAAGCUGGUGAAGACACUGAUGUAUUUUGAGGGUUGUCCAAAGCCAUUGGGUUGCACUAUAUUACUUCGAGGUGCCAGUGGGGAUGAGUUGAAGAAAGUGAAACAUGUUGUACAAUAUGGAGUAUUUGCAGCGUAUCACUUAGCUUUAGAGACAUCUUUUCUUGCUGAUGAGGGUGCCUCUCUGCCAGAAUUUCCAUUAAACUCUCCAAUAACAGUUGCACUUCCAGACAAGUCAUCAGCCAUUCACAGGUCCAUCUCAAUGAUACCUGGUUUUGCAGUCCCUGCUAAUGAAAAUAGUCUGGGACCUCAAACUGUUGGCGAACCUCAGAGGUCGAAAAGUGUCCCUGAUUCAGAUUUAGUCAAGUUCUCAAGUGUUUCUACACAUGAAAUUCAAAUUGUACAGACGAAUAACCUUCUUCCUCCUGUGAUGAGCUCUCAGCACACCAAACCCCUCGUCGCAUCUUUUGUGCAAGGCAUUCAGAAUCCUUCCUUCACUGAGCCCUCUUCAUUUCAUGCAUCAGGAAAAGAAUUUGUCGUAGAUUUGAGAAAGACUUCAGGGGGAGAAACUUCUGAAGCAGACAGCAUAUUGGAUGCCAAAAAAGAUCAUCACGUAGCUGAUAAUUUGGGUGAUUCAAACAUCAACAACAUGCAAAAUGAUUGCGAUACAAACCCUAGUUCAAAUCCAUCAGCUUUGCAACUUGAUGGAAAACACAUUCUUGAAGAACAAGCAAUGUUAAAAGAUGAGUUUCCUCCAUCCCCUUCUGACCAUCAAAGCAUCUUGGUUUCCCUAUCAUCGCGAUGUGUCUGGAAAGGAACUGUCUGUGAACGAUCCCAUCUUUUCCGGAUCAAAUACUAUGGAAAUUUUGACAAGCCAUUGGGCCGGUUUCUUCGGGAUCAUUUAUUUGAUGAGAGUUCUAGGUGUCGUUCAUGUGAGAUGCCCUCUGAAGCUCAUGUCCAGUGUUUUACUCAUCGACAAGGCACCCUUACGAUCUCAGUUAAGAGAGUGUCAGAAAUUCUUUUACCUGGUAAAACAGAAGGAAAGAUUUGGAUGUGGCAUAGGUGCCUGCGGUGUCCACGAAGUAAUGGCUUCCCUCCAGCAACUCGAAGGGUUAUUAUGUCUGAUGCUGCUUGGGGAUUGUCUUUUGGAAAGUUUUUAGAGCUAAGUUUUUCAAACCAUGCGGCUGCUAGUAGAGUGGCAAGCUGUGGCCAUUCUUUACAUCGAGACUGUCUUCGUUUUUAUGGAUUUGGCCAAAUGAUUGCUUGCUUUCGUUAUGCAUCAAUUGAUGUUCACUCUGUAUACCUUCCUCCCCCUAAACUUGAUUUUAACUAUGAAGGUCGGGAGUGGAUGCAAAAUGAACUGCAUAAGGUAGCAGGACGGGCUAAACUUUUGUUCUCUGAAGUGCUCAAUGCUCUCUCUAUUUUGGCAGAAAAAAAAUCUGGCUUUGGUUCGCUCAAUAUUGGCAUGAAAUUACCUGAAUCAAGACGCCAGAUAACAGAUUUAGAAGGGAUAUUGCAGAAAGAAAAGGCAGAAUUCGAGGAAACCCUUCAGAAAAUUUUGAACAGGGAGGCAAAAAAGGGCCAACCAAUCAUUGAUAUUUUUGAGAUCAAUCGACUACAAAGACAACUAGUCUUCCAGUCUUAUGUGUGGGACCAUCGCCUGAUAUAUGCAGCCAGUUUAAAUGAGAAGGAUGAACAGGAUGAUUUGGAUGUCAGCAAUUCAGAACCUAUUGAGAAAUCCAUUGGUGUCAAUGAGAGCAUUUUUGAUACAAUCAUCCCUAUUAAGAGAGGCAGUCCUGAUUCUGUUCCUGCAGAUGCAAAUCCUGGCAAAAACCAUGAUCAAGGGUUAAGCAAUAGGUACAACAGCCAUCCUGAAGUAGUUCAUCGAAGAAUUGAUGUGGGUAUUGACUCCAAUUAUGGAUAUGUAAAUCCAUCAACGCUUCCUAUCGGGACAAAGUCCUUUGAUGAAUUAGAUCUCCUGGAAUCUAAUGUUGCUGUUCGUAGAACCCUCUCUGAUGGACAGUUCCCUAUUUGUUUAUCAGACACUCUUGAUGCAGCGUGGACCGGUGAAAAUCACCCAGGUGUUGGAGUACCUAUGAAUAAUAACUUACCUGAACUAUUUGAAGCACAUUCUUCAAACACUGCUGGAGUGGCAGAAGAGUUGGACGUGGAAGACCAUGGGGAUAAUCUGAGCGUGUCUAAGGUGUCUCAACUGCCUUUCAUAUUGCCUACUAAAGGCUCUGAUAUUAUGGAAGAUACAGUGAGCUGGUUGGGAGUGUCUUUUAUAAGUAUCUACAAGUCAUUAAACAUUUUUUUGGGGACUGAUCAGAAACUGGAUACACUCCGUGAAUAUAAUCCAGUGUACAUAUCAUCAUUUCGGGAAUCGGAAUUCCAGGGUGGAGCCAAGUUGCUUCUGCCUGUAGGGGUUAAUGACACUGUCGUUCCAGUCUAUGAUGAUGAGCCCACAAGUAUUAUAUCUUAUGCACUCGUGUCACCUGCAUAUCUUGUGCAGCUGUCUGAUGAGCUUGAGAGACCAAAGGACACUGCAGACUCAAUGUUUUCUUUUGUAGAUGAUGGACCCACUGGGAAGGUAAAAUAUACAGUUACUUGUUACUCUGCAAAACGUUUUGAAGCCUUGAGGAGGAUAUGUUGUCCAUCCGAGAUGGAUUUCGUCAGAUCACUUAGUCGUUGUAAGAAAUGGGGAGCCCAAGGUGGCAAGAGCAAUGUCUUUUUUGCAAAAACCUUGGAUGAUCGAUUCAUCAUUAAGCAAGUGACAAAGACUGAGCUGGAAUCAUUCAUCAAGUUUGCUCCUGGAUAUUUUAAGUAUCUUUCCGAAUCAAUUGGCUCAGGUAGCCCAACAUGCCUGGCAAAGAUCCUUGGGAUAUAUCAGGUUACAUCAAAACAUCUCAAAGGAGGAAAGGAAUCAAAAAUGGAUGUGUUGGUUAUGGAGAAUCUUCUGUUUGGUAGAAAUCUUACACGGCUAUAUGAUCUAAAAGGAUCUUCCAGGUCUCGGUACAAUCCUGAUUCUAGUGGAAGUAACAAGGUUUUGCUGGAUCAGAACUUGAUUGAAGCUAUGCCUACUUCUCCUAUUUUUGUUGGGAAUAAAGCCAAGAGAUUGUUGGAGAGAGCUGUCUGGAAUGAUACUGCUUUUCUCGCAUCUAUAGAUGUAAUGGAUUACUCACUUCUAGUUGGGGUUGAUGAAGAGAAGCAAGAGCUUGUUGUUGGGAUUAUUGACUUCAUGAGACAGUACACUUGGGACAAGCACCUCGAGACUUGGGUGAAGACGACAGGCAUACUUGGUGGCCUGAAGAAUGCUUCCCCAACCGUAGUUUCGCCAAAGCAAUACAAGAAGAGGUUCAGGAAAGCAAUGACUACAUAUUUUCUGAUGGUUCCCGAUCAAUGGUCACCUCCUACAAUCAUUCCUAGUAAGUCACAGACAGAUUUAUGCGAAGAGAGCGCAGAAGGUGUUACCUCUACCGAGUAAAUUCUGUUUACUUGUAAAUUUGAACCUACUAGUUGGGAAUUGAAUAUAUUUCUUUUUCCUAUUUUUCAAAAUUUUUUAUUUUAUUUUAGGAGGCAGUUCCAUUUGGUUUUUCCUUACAAUGAGAAUUCGAGAUUAUUUCAACCAGGCUGCUAUUCCCAUGGAAAAUCUCCUCAUAAAGAUAUUAAAUGAUGUUACCCAUAAAGUUUUUGUACAAUCUCUCUCUCUUAGAAUUCUCGAGUUGUAUAUGAAUUGGAAUAAGUAAGUGCAAUUUUUGUGUAAUACUUGAGGUUCAAAAAUUUCUUUUAA